CCGAUUUUCCAUGUGCUUCUGCUGGUUACACCGUGGUGGAUGCCUGCCGUGCUGCUUGGAGUAUUUUACACAAACGUAAAAUGCUGGUCCAGGUUCGAUACUGCCAACAGCAGAAGUAUGUGAAGUUGGAAGAGGUUGAUGGGCGUUUUGAGUUUAUGCAGUUUCAUGAAAAAGAAUUUUCUGAUUACUCCUUGUCUUCUGCAUCUGAUUGUUCUGACUCAAGCUUCAGCUCAAAUGCAAGUACAUCAACUAUACUUCUAGAUGAGGGUCCCAGGAAGAAAACAAGAGUUGAGGGUACUGUUGAUGCAGCAUCUGCUAAAAAGUUAAUUGAAGGUGUACUUGGAACCAAUUCAGGUGGUGAAGAGGUUCUCCAGGAAUAUCACACAACACAAACUCUAACAGAUGCUACCAGAAGAAAAAUGGUCAAUAUAAUAGUGGCUCACAUGAUUGAUUGCCAUGGGCACCUCCCCACCAAAGCUGUUAGAGAACAGUACGCGCUAGGGGUAGUGACAUUGUUCCCAUCCCUGAAAGACCCAUACUCCAAGAAAGGCUAUGAACACUUCUAUGAUGCUGCAAGCAGCACUGGAUACAUUUCUUGGCGUUUGAAAACGAUACAGAGAAAGACUAGAAGAGGAUCUGCACCACCAAGUAGCUCCACUGGCUUUACUCAAGGAGGGGGCCCAAAUUACCAAAGGCCCAUUAAUGUCGACAUGCAGCUUGAUGGAGAUGCUUGCCAGGAGGCCAUCUCUUUGCUGAAACAUACAUCCGACACUUCCUUGAUUUUCCAGAAGAUGAGAGAGACCUUUCAGCAUCGUCAGAAGGUCAUCAGUGAUCCUGACAAAAGUCUUGAUAUCCUGUCUAUCUUCCCAAGAUUCUUGGAUACAAGAGGAUUGGUGAAUCAAGACUUCACUCUCCUGUUUGAUGAUGAGAUAUCUACCAGGCUGCUUCAGAAAUGGGAUCCAAUCUUUAGGUAUCAAAUCAUCAAAGAGGCCAAGCAGCUCACCUCAACAGUAGAGUUGCGUCAAUUGGUGCAGUCAGCAGAGAGUCCACCAGGAAGUGAUCUUGAUGAGGCAGCAACCUUUGACCAAGACAUGGCCUCCCUGUUGUUACUGUUACAUCUACUUCCGCCACCCCAGGAGGACCAAAGUAUCAAAAAAUCAGCGCCUCUGAUGCUGUUGAGAGACUUGUAGUCUUUCAUAAGUCUUGCUGCAGUUUGGAAGAGCAUCUCCAGAAUCAGCAGAGUCAGCAGCCAUACCUCCUGGCUGUUGGGCGCCAGAAGAGGAAGGUCGACAGC